AUGGUAAAUGUAGAUAUUAGUUCUGGUAGAUUGGGGAUGUCGCUUGAUGAACCACCAGUGACUUCAGAACCCUCAACGCAUGUUGACUGUUCUUCGUCAGAAUCAGGAGCGUUUGAAAAGAAACCAAUUAAAUCACGCGUCAAAAAUCUUGAUGCGAUUUGGUUUGGAGAGCAUUAUCUUCAAACAUGGUAUUUCUCACCAUAUCCUCAAGAAUAUGCAGAAGCACGCGUAAUUUACAUUUGCGAAUUCUGCUUGUAUCAUUUUAUUAGUGAAAAGCAAUUUGAACGACAUUGUAAAAAAUGUACGGUUAGACAUCCACCAGGAAAUGAAAUAUAUCGAGACAGCGAAGUUUCGUUUUUUGAAAUUGAUGGAGCAAGACAA